UUUUCAUCAAAAAUUCUUAUCGUAUGGAUUGAUUUGAUUCGAAAUCACGUCUCGGUAUUUAUAUAUACAUGAUAUUCUUUAGGAAGUUUAGGUAAUGCGUUUUUCAUAGUUCUAAUCACUUAAAAUAUAUAUUUCUACAUACUAAUAUCAUGUUUUUUAAAAUUAUCGUUAAUAUUUUAAGUACAGUAUUUUUAUUAAUUAUCGUUAACAUUGCAAAACUUAAAACUUACAUAUGUUGGCAUUGCAGCAGGUUGGCUAAGAUAAAUAUUCGCUCAAAAAAUUGAAAACGAUCUUCUCGAUUUUAUGUAACAUCACCUUAGAUCACCUAGAAUAAAAUAUAAAAACUUUCUCGCGCGCGUUUUCUUGUCCCGGUGGGCUUUCGAAAAUCGCUUGUAAGAAACUAUGCUUAAGGUUCGUCGCCAGUGAGUUGGCGAACGCUCGAUCAGCCGCGCACCGCCGCACCAUGAGCACCAUCUACGAUGGCCGACAGUCGCAGACUCCGAUACACUGCGAUACACGUCGGUUGUGGUUACAUUACUUUAUUGACAAAAAUGUAACACCUCUAUUUUUAAUUGGCCAUGUUACCGCCGCGCACGGCAUGACAAUUAUCCCGAUCGCGUUUAUAUUACUCUUGUUUCUUUAAAUAUUCGAGUGCCGCGUGCUCUUUACUCGAGAUCUCCCGGGUCAUCCUGACGUCGACGCGAAGAUGUCUUCUAAGAGCGAAUUGAAAAAGUUAUCGGAGGAAAGUCUGACGAGACAGCCUGAAGAAGUGUUUGACAUUAUAUGCAAGCUGGGAGAAGGAUCUUAUGGGUCAGUUUACAAAGCUUUGCACAAGGAAAGUGGCCAGGUGUUGGCUAUUAAACAAGUGCCAGUGGAUACCGAUCUGCAGGAGAUUAUUAAGGAAAUAUCAAUUAUGCAACAAUGCGACUCUCCAUAUGUUGUUAAAUAUUAUGGAAGUUACUUUAAAAAUACAGAUUUAUGGAUUGUAAUGGAAUAUUGUGGAGCUGGUUCUGUUAGUGAUAUUAUGAGGUUAAGGAAGAAGACCCUACAGGAAGACGAGAUUGCUACAAUUCUGAGCGACACUUUGAAAGGGCUGGAAUACCUUCAUUUAAGAAGAAAAAUUCAUAGAGAUAUCAAGGCUGGAAAUAUUCUUCUUAAUAAUGAAGGCCAUGCGAAAUUGGCUGACUUUGGUGUCGCAGGCCAAUUAACGGAUACCAUGGCUAAGCGUAACACAGUCAUUGGUACACCUUUCUGGAUGGCUCCGGAAGUGAUACAAGAGAUUGGUUAUGAUUGCGUAGCCGACAUAUGGUCUCUGGGAAUUACGGCCUUGGAGAUGGCCGAAGGCAAACCACCGUAUGGUGACAUACAUCCAAUGAGAGCAAUAUUUAUGAUUCCGACUAAACCACCACCUAGCUUUAGAGAACCCGAUCAGUGGAGUCCAGAGUUUAUCGAUUUUGUCAGUGGGUGCCUUGUAAAAAAUCCUGAAGAAAGAGCCACCGCGACCGAACUUUUGCAGCAUGAAUUCAUUGGUAAUGCGAAACAGCCAAGUAUCUUGAGCCAAAUGAUUGCCGAAGCUCAUGAGAUACGAGAAAAACAGAGCGCGCAUAGAGCUCACAUUAUAAACAAUGUGGCGAUUAAAAGUCAAAGCCAGGCGGAUGAUUCGGAUGAGGACGAUUGUAGUGGAACCAUGAAACCAUUACCAGAAGAUAGUAGGACUUUAGUGCCGAGUGAUCUUCCAGACACGGGUACUUUAGUUUCGGCGUUAGACUUGGGUACAAUGGUUAUUAAUAGUGAUACCGAUACCGAAGCUACCAUGAAGAGACAUAAUACUGGUUCUGUGGAAUCCGGCAAAAAAUAUCGACCUUUAUUCUUAGAUCACUUUGACAAAAAAGAAGCGCCUGAGAUUGGAAAGGGUAAUGGACAGAUGUUAGGAGCGCACAAUAUGGAAAAUGCAAGCAAAUUGGAGCAACCGAGUCCAACUGAAUCUCAUAGGUUUCAAAGUCAUUUGCAACUACAGCUGCAGAAUCAGAUCUCUCAUCCCGUACCAGAACAGCCAUAUAACAAUAUACCGAAAUUUCAAAAUGUCUUCACGGAACGUGAUUUCGACUUUAGAAGCCGUAUCCUGCAGUUGAAGUUUCUCUCCUAUGAAGAACUGCAGCAACGAAUGGCCAGUUUGGAUGCAGAAAUGGAGCGGGAGAUUGACGAGUUGAGAAAAAGGUAUCAGACGAAGAGACAACCUAUUCUGGAUGCCAUGGACACCAAACGGAAACGUCAACAGAAUUUCUAACAGUCCUCCUUUACGCGAAUAAGCAAUGACGAAUAGACAAAGGGUGUACAGUUGUAUAAAUGAAUAGAUUUUAUUCGCGUCACAUCCCUGGUGAUUUCAUCAAAGAGAAGAACAUUGCUCCCAUACCGUGAAUAUUUUACCUCAUAAAACGGACAAACGUGUAGCGACUGUGAAUGUUUCCUGUUUACUCGCGAAUCACAAUGUCGCUUUUCUUUAUGAAUCCCGGGGUAUUAUAGCUAGUACCCAUAUAAACAAAAAGAUAUUUUUUACAUUUCUGAAAGAUAUUUGUCAUAUCUUGAGAUGUCUUGCAUUUUUUCGAAAAGCUCUGAAAAGAUCUUUUAGAUCUUUUGAUAGAAAGAUACUUGUGCAACAUUUUGAGAUAUUAUUUCAGGAAUCUGUGGAAAUGUAUUGAGGAUAUCUUUUAGAAAUUUAAAAAAAGACAUAUGACAAAUAUCUUAAAAGUAUCUUUUAAGAUGUUAUUUAGACAUCUUUUAGAAUUAUCUGAAAGAUAUCUUUAAUGUGAUAUCUUUUAGAUAUCCACAAGACCUCGAUGUUUUUUGGGUAAUAGCUGAGAACCUCAUGUCAUCAAUGUAAAUUAUUUUACGUGAUUUAGGUGAAGAAACAAUCACUAUACUUAAUUUUUAUAUUACGUUUACCUAUAUUUACUGUUAAAUAUAUCCUAUUCUUAUAGAAAUAUUAAGAGAGACUCCUCUAGGGUCGUUAGAAAAUAAAAAUAAAUGCAAUAGGAAUGCAGAAACAGAUGCAUCAUGAUCGCGAUUGUUUUUUAUUCGAGAAUGAAAUUUCUACAUUUACUUGAAAAAAAAAAUCGGUAUUUUGUAUCGCCAUACGCUAGUCAUUUAUAAUGCCAUUUUAUCCAGGAUAUGAAAAGACCAUUAUUCACAUAAAAUGCACUUAAACGGUUAGCAUUUGAACAAUUCUUCAGUGUGUGAAUGCUCUAUUUAAUCAUGACAGUUUAAAAUAAGUGAACAAGGCUGUAAGAUUUAAUUUACCUUUUAUUUUAUUAUUUACUGCCAUAGGUAGACUCUCCAUUCAUUUGUCUACUAAUAUUAACUAACUCUUAGGUUUUAUGUCGAUUUUCUAAAUAAUUAUAUUUACUUUUCAAGUUGCAAACAUAUGUCAAACACCAAUAUGAUCAUGUAAUUCUAAAGUAAUGAAUAGUGUUCUUCAGUAUGCAGCACCAUGAUAAAAAAAUGAUGCCGCAUUUUAAUAAGAUAUUUCGUAAACGAUCUUACUAGUAUUAGUCUUCCGCGCGCCGUAUUAGAAAGUAUUUUCCACUACGCUAUAAUUUACUCAUAAUAUGGAAAUUGUUGAAACUGAAAUUUAUCAGAUUCCAGUAAUGAUAUAACGGUAUUUUUAGAAUAAUAUAAAAGUUCGUAAUGCCUUACAACAAUUAGUUUAUGUAUAAAGCACUAAAAAUUUUUGACCACAUAUUUUUUUGUGAGCGUUACAAAAUAAAUAUAUUUGUACGUGCCAUUAAUACAUAUGGCAAAAUAAACACAGUGGAAGAAUAAUUCCUUGCUGACGAUUGGGCUAUUUUACAAAUAGUGGAAAUAAAAUAUACUUACAUGCGCUAUUAGCCAGAACUGAUCUGCAACUUUCUUCUUUUAGAAAAUAAUACAGAAUAACGACAUAUUUUUGAUAUAGAAGAUAUGCCCAUUGUCAUUGAAAUAAAGUCCAAAUUUGAGACAUAUAUUAGCCAUAAUUCUGAUACUCGCAAACAAAAGUGUAACACUGACGAUGUUUUCCAACUAACAAAUAAUUAAUUUGCUUCACAAAAUAAAAUUGUGCUUCAAUCGUUUUAUACAUAAAAUGCAAUAUAUAAAAUUGUACAUAAUUUUUUCUAGAAGUUUUUUUAAAUAAUUCACAAUCAUGUACAUUUAAUCGAUUUUUAUAUGUUAAAAUUGUGAUUUUAUUGUAUUCUUAUUUCACAAUUUAUACAAUACAUCAGGAACACGAGCAUAUUUGUAAAUUGCAUUCUUAUAUAAAAUUAUAGAUUUACAAACUUUAUAUUCUUGCAGUUUGUGCUGCUGUAAAAUCUUCCUUCCUAAAUUUAUAAUCUGCGUUUAUUAAUGUUCUGCGAUAUCUAUUUUAGGAUUUAAAAAGUAAAAUGGACAGAAAUCUACACAAAAAUGUUACAAAAAAGUACACUAAUGCAUUUUUCUACAUGACUGUCAGUCAUUUAGCCUUAGCUAGCAAUCACUUUUCAUACGCGAGAAUUUAUAGUUACAUAUUUCAUAAAGCAACGUAAUAAUCCAUUUUUAUUUUUCCACUUGGAGAUAUGGCUUUGUAUUCCUAUCUAAUCAUGACAGUUUUAUGACAACAUGAUUUUGUAUUGUACAAUCUAUUACAGUGUUUGGCUGAAAUAUAGAGACUGAAGGCAGAAGUAUGUUUUUCCCGAGUGAAUGAUUUAGUAAAAUAUAGUCUGAUAAUAGAACGUAACAACAUAUGGAAUGAUUACUAUUUAUAUUAAAGCGAGAUAUUAUUAAUACAUAUUUUGUUUUAAGAUAAUUACAAGAGCAAAUAUUAACAUGCUGCCUUUUCAAUCAAUUUGUUUAAUAACAAUAAAAUAUUAUACAAACUA